AUGGGCUCCAUCACCCCCCUCCCCACGGACCAGCCCCCUCACCCCUACGCCCUCUCCAACCCCUUCCGCACGCGCAUCCUGGCCGGCGAGAUCACCCCGCUGAUGUCCAUCAAGUUCAUCACCAGCAACGAGAUCCCGAUGGUGUGCAAGAUGGCCGGGGUGCACGCCCUCUUCAUUGAUAUGGAGCACUCGGCGCUUGACCUGCACCAGGUGGGCCAGCUGAUCCUGGCCUGCAACUACGCGGGCGUGUCAGCCGUGGUGCGCAGCCCCAGCAAGUCCCACUGGCACAUCAGCCGGAUCCUCGACGCGGGGGCGUCGGCGGUCGUCGUCCCGCACAUCGAGACCCUCGACGAGGUGCACGCCCUCGUCAAGUGCGCUAAGUACGCGCCGCUCGGCGCCCGCGGGUGCACCAACAACCUCCCCGCGUUCAACUUCCAGCAUGUGCCGACCCUGACGCAGAAUGAGGUGCUCAAUCGCGAGACGAUGCUGAUUCCUAUGAUUGAGACGCCGGCGGCGGUGGAGAUCGCGGAGGAGAUUCUGGCGGUCGACGGGGUGGAUGGUGUGUUGGUCGGGUCGAAUGAUCUGUGUGCCGAUUUGGGGAUCCCGGGCAAGUAUGAUAGUGCCUUGUAUCAGGAUGCGGUUACCAAGGUGCUGCAGGCGGGGAGGAAGGCGGGCAAGCCUGUGGGGAUCGGGGGGAUUGGGAGCCGAUUGGAUAUUCUGGAGAAGUGGUUUCAAUUGGGCGCGUCGUGGUCGUUGAGUGGACAGGAUGCGUCGAUGUUGCAGGCGGGGUUGAGGCAGAUGGCGAGGAAUUAUGCGGAGAUUGGGGAGAGGGUCGCCAAGUCGACGUGAAUAGGUCAUAGAUAUAGGGGGAGAAUGUUUGUCAGAUUAUCAUACAGUCAUAUAUGCAUCAUGUUAUAGAGUGUCUUCUGCAUCGUCGCAAAUGUUCAUAGACUCUCGUCGUGCAGCAGCGAGGAAUAAAACAGCGGAUCCCCGUACGCGUACUCGCCCAGUCCGUAUUCCGUGUUCCAGAAGGUGCUGUCGUCGAAGAUGUCGAGCGAGAAGAGCGAAGGAUCAAGCUGGGGGUCAUUCUCAAGCGGAGGGUCAUUGUUGUUGCUUGAGUGCAGUUUGUGGUUGAGGUCGAGGGAGUUGGCUGGGUAAGGAUUGGCAUCUCCCUGCACUAGCAACUCUUCCUGUGCAGUUGCUCGCUCGUGUCGACAAGCCUCAUCCCACUCCCCGGCCGACCUCGGCACCG